AUGAAGCGCCUGAGUAAGAGCAUUCAGAAGACGACCAGUACAAUCACGAAGACUACUAGUAGUAUAAUGCCGAUGAGAGAUACUAGUAGUAGUAGUAACACCAUCAUGAUGACAGAUCACUCCUCCUCGACGAGCCUGGACGGUUCAUUUCGCCGGAAUAGCAACUGGGAGAGUGCAGCAGCGACCAUGACGAAACGAGAAUUCCAAAGGGAACUCCGCAAAGAAAUGAAGGACUACAAAAAGACGCGUGUCAAGUCGUUUCAACAAAAGAAGGCGCUCUUGACCAUGGGUGAUAUCGACGAAGUAUCGGAGCAAGCGAGACGAGCCGAAGCCGCUCGAGAGAAAAAGAGACGAUCUUCUGUGGCGCAGCCCAUCAAAGGAGCCUCGCACGACGACGACGACGACCAACCGUCCACACCCCUUACCGUGUGUUCGACGACACGAGGCAGUAUUCCCAACGAUUUGGAGAUUACCAUUACACUGCCGGAUUUGCAACUGGUAGAGCAAGCAGACGAAGAGGAUGAAGAAGGAGAGUCGAAAGAAGCAGAAGAGUGCUUGGACACGGAAACCGCGACGACAACAACAAGUCAGGACAACAACAACAAGCUGAGUAGUAUUAGUAGUAGUCAGACUUUGACACAAGCAGUAGGAAAGUCAUCCAGCAACGAGCAGCCUUCACUCGAUGAAGAGGACAAUCCACAAUCAUCCGCUAUGACGCUGCACAAGAACCCUUCGACCGAACCCACCCUGGCUCCACUCCUUCAACGAGGACCCUCCGCUCUGCUCGCCAAACCCAAAAUGACUCGAAGGAAUACAACCACCGGCAAUCGAAACACACCGCCGCCACUGAUGCUACGACGAAUGGCCACCUCGUUUGAUCAGACAUCCCCGACCAGCAACAACAAUCCAUUGGCUCUGUGGACCACUACAGCUCCGAUUGACAAUACAAAGAUCCAACCAUCCUCCGCACACGUCGUCAAGAAGAAACUGCAACUCUCCCGUUCGUCGUCCAUCGAUUCCUCUAUCGACGCCAGUGAACUCGAAUUGGCAACCGUCUCCACCGCUCCAUCUACUCCUUCUUGCUCCGUGACCACCGUACUCUCCUGUUGGGACGAUGAAAUGUCCGGUCUGGAACAUGCCAAUCAAGCGCUUCAACAAAAGAUUCAACAGCUAGAGUCACAACUACACGACACGGAACAGGACGAAGUAGAGCAGGUAUGGCUCAUCAAGGGAACGCUGUGUCCGGCCAAGAAGGAUGAAAUUCGGGAACAAUUGACACGGGAACAUCAACAACAACUCGAACAACUUCACCCACAAUUACCAGACGAUCCAGAAGAUCCUCAACUCGUCGUAUUACAAAAACAACGCAGUCGACAACAAGCGCUCAUUGACGCCCUCUAUCGCGAAAACAAGGCACGACGACACGAAAGUCAAGCCGUCAAUUUACACAUGCUACAACUUCUACAAUCCAAUAUGCGCAUGCGUCGCGCUACCCAAGCUACACUUGAUUUUGUCCGCGAAUUGCAAUUGGUGCAUGUCCGCGAAUAUGCGGAUCGAAACAAGACACUCUUGCGAGAACUACAAGCGUAUUCACGAAAACAAGUCUCGUACGAACAGUACGAUAUCCCCAAAGCCGUUGCCUAUCGCUACAAUGAACGACGGAUUCGGAAAAUAUAUGUCAGGGGAACGGAACGGUUGGUGCAGUACGUGCUAGAAGAAUGCUUUGAUCGAAGCCUCAUUGCAUGCAUUACCGAAAUGCCGCCGGCGGUGGUCAGCACCAUUAUUGUGAAGAAGCAACCAAAAAGGGGGGAUCGUCGAUAG